AUGCCUGACUUCAUCUCGUUGUCUCUGUAUUUCCAGUCCGUCUGGGCAAUGGUGGCGCUAGUCAUCUUUGCUCUCGCAUUGCUCGCCUGCCAUGAGUACCCUGAGAAGAUAUGCCGCAAAACAGGAUAUCCAAUCUGUACCAUAUCGCUGCUUACAGGGAAGGCCUACGUAGUCGGGUGUCCAUCGACUAUCCAAGCUUCCUUUCGAAAUAGGGACAUAAGCUUUGCACCAUUUGCAAUCGAAUUUGUCGACCGCAUGGACGUUCUCUCACAAGCAGCUAAAAAAGCAUAUGCUGAAGGCCUGCACGAAACUGUUAUCAAGACGUUCCAUUCCACAAUGAACGGAGCCAGUCUGAGGAAGAUGAACGUGGUUGCGUUGCAGGAGGUUGCAAGGCUAUUGCCUGGUGGGGCUACUGAGCCCGCCGAUCCGCAGACAGGCUGUCAAACUACAAGUGUUCAAGUUGAGGAUGUGUGGGUAUGGCUUAGAGAUAUUAUGACUAUCUCUACCACAACAGCCUUAUUUGGGAAGAAGAACAGCCCCUGGCUGAAACAUCCUUCCCUUGUCAAGACUUAUUGUUCGACUGACAUGAUUGGGACAGGGGCUACGAAGCAGGAGAUGUUUCUGGGCGAGCCCCACUCACAGAUCUUACCGACUGACCGACAUGACAUCCCCUCUCCAUCACUGCCAGGUACCGUGGCCAACGAAGAUCAAGGUGAGGUCGGACCCACGACGACCAAGUUGGCGGAGAUCCAACGCCAAGUCGGGUACACCGCGACAGAACUCGGCGCGACAUACACCGUCGUUCUCCACGGUGCACUUGUGAACAUGGUCCCGACCAUGUUCUGGUUCGCAAUGUAUGUCUUCACGCAGCGGAAUCUGCUCGAACAGCUACGCAUUGAGGUAGCUGUGGCAGUCUCAAUGGACAGAGCCACUGGAAAGAAUUGCCAACGCAACGCGUUUGUCAAUAGUGGCAACAUUGAUAAGACCUGUCCUCUUCUGCUCUCAACAUUGCGAGAGACGCAGCGUCUUGUCUCGUUGGGUACCCUGCAUCGUCGAGCUCUCAAAGAUACUGUCAUUCCUGGCUUGGACGAGAAUGGAAAUGAACGAUCGUACCUCCUGAAGAAGGGGACAGCUAUGCUCUUGUCCAUCAAGUGGAAUCAUCGCGACCCUCUAAUCUGGGGAGCCUCAGUCAACGACUUCGUCGCAGAUCGAUUCUUCGACGGCGAGAACAAAAGACAAGACCCGGUCGGUGUAGAGGAACGAGUGGCUCACGAUGAUGAUCAUACAGGCACCGAUGCGAGGAAUUUGCGCCGAAAGGCUUACAUGCCAUUCGGAGGUGGUAAAGAGUUGUGUCCUGGCCCAAACUUUGCUACAAGCGAAAUGCUCGGUACAAUGGUCAUUCUCAUUCUUGGCUACGACAUCAGAAGGAAAGAUGGCGGCGUGCUCGACUUGCCGAAAUUCGCACCGCCAAAGAUGACACAGACCACGGCGCGACCCCAUCCGGGUGCUGAUCUGCAAGCAACCGUUAGCCGGAGGGAAGGAUGGGAAGAUAUUCUCUGGUCUGUUCGUACACAUACAGACCCUGAGACAGCUACUCGUCGCACCUGA